AUGGCCGUCGCUCCAGCUCGGUGGCUCCUGCGAAGCAGAGUACAUCAUUGCAUUGACCGUAGCGUGUCAGGGCAUUUGGCUUGCCGUUUGCUGAGUGACAUCGGCGGUGAUGAUCCCAAAGCACCUGUACUGAAGGUGGACAACAAGGGGGCCAUCUCCUUGUGCCAGAACCCUAUGUUCCAUAAUAGGAGCAAACAUAUUGAUACUCAGUAUCAUAACAUUCGGGAGUGCAUCGAGGGAGGCAAGAUCAGCAUCGAAUUUGCCAGCAGCGAGGAGCAGCUAGCAGACGUUCUCACGAAGCUGCUCGGGUACGUCAAGUUCUUAGAGCUCUGCCCAAAGAUUGCUGUCGUUGAGAUCGACUUCCCCUCUUACAUAUGGCCGCUCUCUGCUCCUCCACCUCUAGUGCCAUUGACCUGCGAAGCCAAGAACACGUCGGUUGGCGUGACCGAGAUGAGGAGGAAGCCCGUCUUGAUCUGCUGCGGCGUGCUAGUCGCCGUCGUCGUCGUCCUCGCCGCCGUCUUCGUGGCGCUCUACUUCACCGUGUUCCGGCCGCGGGCGCCGCAUGUGGUGGCGACGGUGGUGGGCACGGAGACCUUGGCGUUCAACGUCGUCCCCCCCGUGCUCAACCUCACCAUGCACGUGGAGGUCACCGUGGACAACCCGAACUACGCGUCGUUCCGGUAUGGCGACGUGGUGACGGUGGUGCGGUACCACGGCGCCGCCGUGGGGCAGUCGGUGGUGCUCGUAGGGGAGAUCGGCGCGCGCGCGACGCAGACGAUCACGGCCACGGUGGAGGUGGACACGCUGAAGGUGAUCUUCACGCCCUACUUCCCCUUGGAAGGCAUCGUCGGGGUGCUACCGUUCGAGACGGCAACGGCCGUGGCCGGCAAGGCUGUGGUGCUGGGCACGUUCAAGGUCAGCGCGAGAUCGGAGGUGGUGUGCGAGGUCACCGUGUACCCGCUCAGGAACAACGCCACCACGCAAUGCACCUCCACGGUCCAUAUAGGCCGGUAGUUAGCCAGUGGUUCUGCUCGUCCGUCUGAGCAGAUAUUGUGUUGUGUGGACAUCAGAAUGUGCUGCGAACGUUUUUUUAGGGAUAGCAAAUAAUACAGUCCAUGUGCGUGGUUC